AAAUUAUAAGACGAAAGAAAAAUCAAAACUUGAGAAGACCGACUUGUAUAAUAAUAUCUUGCCUUUGAAUUCAAUUAAUUACAAGAAUAGCCUCCUGGGAAUAUCCAAAAUUCGCAUCUUUUUGGAGCUUCCUCCCAUCCCCAUGGAUGUUGUAGACGGAGGAGUUGAUCGGGGGCAAAACCGUAGAGCAACUAUGGAGAGGGAUUCAGAUGAUAAGAUCGCAGACCCUUCUUGGUUCUCUCCUAAAAAGCUUCUCUUUGUGUUUUGUGUAGUCAACUUGAUAAAUUAUAUAGAUCGUGGAGCUAUAGCAAGUAACGGUGUGAAUGGGAGUCUUGGUACUUGCACCUCGACUGGUACAUGUUCAUCUGGCAGCGGAAUACAGGGGGAUUUCAACUUGAGCAAUUUUCAAGAUGGAGUUUUGUCUUCUGCUUUCAUGGUUGGCCUUCUUGUCGCCUCUCCUAUCUUUGCUUCUGUAGCCAAGAGUGUUAAUCCGUUUAGACUUAUUGGAAUUGGAUUAUCCAUAUGGACUCUGGCUGUGAUUGGCUGUGGUUUAUCCUUUGAUUUCUGGUCCAUCACAUUCUGUCGAAUGUUUGUUGGUGUUGGUGAGGCAUCAUUUGUAAGCCUCGCUGCCCCAUUUAUCGACGAUAAUGCCCCUCAUGCUCAGAAAUCGGCGUGGCUUGCUAUGUUCUACAUGUGUAUUCCGACAGGAUAUGCUCUUGGCUAUGUAUAUGGUGGACUGGUGGGGAGUGUUCUUCCGUGGCGUGCUGCAUUUUGGGGAGAAGCAAUACUUAUGCUUCCUUUUGCUGUUCUAGGUUUUGUUAUCAAACCCUUGCAUCUGAAAGGUUUCGCUCCAGAUGAUAAAGGAAAAAACAGGACAGAUAACUUAAACGUUUUACCAACUGGUUAUGGGUUCUCAGCUGUCUUGAAAGACUUGAAACUGCUUUUGGUAGAUAAGGUUUAUGUUACAAACAUUCUCGGGUAUAUUGCUUACAACUUUGUCUUAGGCGCAUAUUCUUAUUGGGGUCCAAAGGCUGGUUAUAACAUAUACAAAAUGGAAAACGCUGAUAUGAUAUUUGGAGGGAUUACAGUUAUCUGUGGAAUCGUUGGAACAUUGUCUGGAGGAGUGGUCUUAGAUUUCAUGGAUGCUACAAUCUCAAAUGCUUUCAAGCUACUAUCAGUUUCAACAUUUAUAGGAGGGUUGUUCUGCUUUGCUGCUUUCUGUUUCAAGAGCAUGUAUGCCUUUCUAGCUCUUUUUGCUGUUGGUGAACUUCUCGUCUUUGCCACUCAGGGUCCUGUGAAUUUCAUAGUUCUCCAUUGUGUGAAACCAAGUUUGAGACCACUUGCAAUGGCCAUGUCUACUGUCUCCAUCCACAUCUUUGGAGAUGUUCCUUCCUCACCACUCGUUGGAGUUCUUCAGGACUACGUGCACAACUGGAGAGUGACCGCUCUUGUUCUUACAUUUGUUCUCUUUCCAGCUGCUGCAAUUUGGUUCAUAGGGAUCUUCCUAAACAGUGUGGAUCGUUAUAACGAAGAUUCGGAGCCUGAUGCAGUGACCAGAGAAUCAGCCGUUGCCCCCCUUCUGGAGGAAGCAUGAGACAACAACGAAAUACAAACUAACAAUGUCACAGUGUACCAAGAAUCAAUCUAUGUAAUGGUUUAUUCAUCUCUUUCUCUAUUUUCUUGUACAAAGAUAAGUAUUUAAACAUAAACAGUUACCUUCAAGUUGUAUAUUACUUGUUCUUUUGUUAUGUUUCACACUUGCAGCAAUAUUGAAACUUCCAUUAUUUAA